AUGGACCAAGGAACCUCUGUGCUUGGAACCCCUGCUUGGCCCCCAGUUGAGGCAAACGAGGACCUGACUUUGGAUCAAGUGCUGGAUGAUGACAUUUCCGAAUUUCUUGUGGAUAUUUGUGGUUCUACUCUGGAUGCAGCUGACCCUUCGCUCACGGAGGAUGCUGCUGUCUCCGGUCGACUCGGGACGGGUGAGGCACCAACAUCAGCCCCGGCAGCGCCCCGACCUCUGACUUCUGUCGCGUCCAGCUCCCGUGCUACGCGGUGGGGGCCACGUCACGGCGCGAUCGGGUCUUCUGGGGCUGUCCCGCCUGCCGCUGAUGUCCCGGCUUGUCCUGCUCCUACUUCUCGGGUGGCUGUUUCGGCUGCGCCCCGACGAACCAUGACUCGUUGGGGCCCCCGACUCGUAGUGACGCUACCCAUCACUGGGCGACGUACUCGCACUCGACGGCCAUCCUCCAGCGUACCUGACCCUCCUUUGGUAGACCGCACCGCGCCUACUACGGCAGUUCCACCUGCUGAUUCGCCGAUAGCUCCGCCACCAUCACUGUCAGUGGUGGAGCCUACUGACCACCCAGCGGUUCCAGAGCACUGGCUACUACGUUUUGACGGGGCUUGUCGUCGGAACCCUGGUGCUGGUGGCGCUGGUGCGGUGGUAACAGACGCGCCUGUUACUGUGGUUUGGACGUGCUCCCACUUCCUGCCUGCCCGCGGUGAAACCAACAACACCGCGGAGUACUCUGCUCUAUUGAUAGGGCUGCAGGGGGCACUGUUCCACGGUGCCAAGAGGCUAAAGAUUGAAGGAGAAAGCAACUUGGUGCUCGCCCAGGUGCGGGGCUCAUUUACUUGCUCCAACCGGCGGCUCCGGCGGUUGCGAGGUCGGAUUCGCUGCGAGUUGGGCCGCCUGGAUUGGUACCAGCUCAGUCACAUCGACCGGCAAGCUAACGCUCACGCUGACAGACUGGCUAACCGUGCCCUUGACCUCCACCGUACCGCGUUGGAGUGUGGGCCCCACUCUGAUGACCUCUCCGCUUGUUUCACGCCUGUUUCCUCUCCGCCUUCCAGCCCAUCCCCGGCUGGGCCAGUCACAGAUGGUCCUCCCGAUGCGGAUACUGAUGGCUCUGUGGAUGACGAGGCCAUGGACGUAGAAGCCGAGAUCGCUGCUCGCGAUGGGGGUGAAGUUUUCCCGACUAUUCUCAUUGGUCCGGGUUCUACUCCAGCGCGACAACCUCGGCUCCGUCUCCGUCACUUGAGCGAGGAGGAGCAGGAUAUUGCUGCUGCUGCGGUACAGCACUUUGCGGAUGUCAUGGCGAGCAAGAUUACGGAUGCGGACAGUUGGAUAUCUGGUGAGGGAUACAUCUUGGCCAUCCCAGACCGGCUUCGCGAAGUGCUGCUGCCAUUCUCGGUGUCACCAAUGGGUACUUCAAGCUCGAGAGACAACUGUCGUCGCCAACGCCCACCUCGUGUGACGCGUACGCAGCGCGAACAUCGGUUGGAUGAGGCCCUUGAUGACAUGCAAGCGACGCAACAGGCGGUACCGAGUGACCGUCGCGCGGUCCGGAAGUCUUGCCGCCGCGUGGGUAGAAUACGAGCGUCUAUGGCUCAACUCGAGUUGCGUCGCCGCUUUGCGCAAGACGAAGCCAAGUGUGUUUCCUCUAUCCUCGAUGGUGCCUCUGCCGAAUCUGCGGGUGUCGAGCACCCCGAUACAUGUCCUAUUGGACGGGAGGAGCUUCACCAGCACUUCGUCGGCACGAGUUCCGCUCCUACCGCUUUUGAUUACGAUGCUGACUGCGGACAGGAAUUCCGGGAUGUUCUUAAUGGGUUCCCACGGACGCUUCUGGGUGAUGAUUGCUUUUCCGAGGCUUUUUCGAUGGACGAAGUGGAAGACCAGCUGUUGAGGGUAACUAAAACGUCCAGCCCCGGGCACGAUGGGGUUGGCUAUGAUGUUUACAACCAGUUUGCCCCGCAGUUGGUACCCCUUCUGCAUGCCGCUUACCGAUUCUGCUGGCUACAUCGGAUGGUACCUCGACUCUGGAAGGUGGGCGUGGUCCGCUUGGUUCACAAGAAAGGCGACCCGCUGCAACCUACGAACUGGAGGCCAAUUUGCUUACAGCCCGCUAUAUACAAACUCUACAGCGGGUUGCUGGCCAGGCGGCUGUCGUGCUGGUUGGAACUUAACCACCGGUUGCCCAUGGCGCAAAAGGGGUUUCGAGAGUUUAACGGAUGCCAUGAGCACAAUUUCCUGGCUACUACGAUGCUCGAUCAGACCCGCCGCUCGCGCCGCAAGCUCUACCAAGUCUGGUAUGACCUCCGAAACGCCUUCGGUUCGCUUCCGCAGCCCCUCAUGUGGCAGGUGCUCCGCCGGAUUGGUGUUGAGCCCCGGUUCAUUAACCGAUGCCAAGAUAUCUAUGAGGGGUCUGCUUUCGUGAUUAUGAAUGCGAAGGACGGGGCGACCGACCCGGUGCGACAGGAAGUGGGUGUCUACCAAGGCUGCCCCUUGAGCCCCCUUCUUUUUAUUGCUGCUCUCAUCCCACUGGUCCGCCGUUUGGAACUACUGGAGGAUGUCGGUGUGCCGCUGGCUGAGGGUGUCCGCCCGUGCACCACCGCUUAUGCCGACGACAUCAAGGUUUUCAGUGACAGUGCCGAUGGAAUCCGCCGCUGCCAUGACGUUGUCCGGAGGUUUCUCCAGUGGACGGGGCUGCGCGCUAACCCUGCCAAGUGUGCGAGCCUUGCGGUGACCAUUAAUGCUCGUGGUAACCCGACACUUGACGACAGUGUUCGGCUGGGGAUUCAUGGCGAUGUCAUUUCCCCGCUCACCCUUAAUGAGAGCUAUCGCUAUUUGGGGGUGGGCGAUGGUUUUGACCAUGUUCAGCACCGCCUCCAGCUCGAGCCAAAGCUCCAGCAGAUAAAGCGAGAGGCUGUGGCACUGAUGAAGUCUGGCUUAGCGGUGUGGCAAGUGGUGAAAGCGCUUAAGACUUACGUAUAUCCGAAGGUGGACUACGCGCUUCGCCACUUGCGCCCGCUUCGCUCUCAGCUCGAAGGAUUCGACUGUGCCGUGAAGCGUGGACUGCGACAUAUGCUGCGCCUGCCCCAGUCUUCGACCACUGAGUUCUUCUACGCGCCCACUUCUGGUGGUGGACUGGGCCUGCAGUCUCUAGUGGAGAUGCACCAAUCUCUGCAGGUGGCGCACGCAUGGCAGAUGUUGCACUCCAAGGAUACAGCUCUAGUGGCGGUGGCGAAGGCUCAGGUCCUACAGGUCGUGCACAAACGAUACCGCCUAUUGAACGACCACUGGACGGGUCGAGACGACGAACUCGUACGUUUGUUUUUGAACUCCGAGCUCGCGUCGUCUCCCCACGCCACCAUCCAUCGCAGAUCGGGGGACAUCGCUUCGGUUUGGGUGGAUGUGCAGCGGGUGCUGUGCAUCCACCGUAUUACCUUUACUGAUCGCGCCGACGAGUCUGGUCAGGACUCGUUUGCGAUUCGCGUGCCGCACCACACCCAAUGGCUUGACCACAAGUCUGUUUUGCGGCACGUGAAGUUGCACAUGAUUCGACACCAGACUCGGUGGCAGAGUCUGGUGGACCAAGGCCGGACGGCUCGGGUUCACGGUGGACCCGGGUCUAAGUUUGUGCUAUCGGGAGCGGUCCUGUCUGAUGCUGAACAUCGGUUCGGCAUACAGGCUCGUCUAAACCAAGUGGACACGAACUCGGUUCUGAAGCGACGCCGUAUGCGGCCAAAUGCUCAUUGUCGACAGUCGGCCUGCUCGAGUGCGGAAACACUGGCGCACGUUUUGAAUCACUGUGCAUCCAAUAUGGAUUUAAUCCGCCAGCGUCAUGACACUGCACUCGAGCGAAUUGGUGUGGAGAUCAGGAAAGCGCUUCAACGGACCAAGUCGCAAGCAGAGUUACGACUCAAUCAGACGGUUCCUGAGUACACCGGUGCGGCUCUGCAUCCGGAUAUGGUGCUGAGGGACGUAAAUGCCAAGACCAUGGUGAUCGCUGACUUGGCAGUCACCUUCGAUACCCGUUGUGCUGGAUCUCGCCUUUCCUCGCUGCAGUCCAGCUAUGACUUCAAGAUGCUCAAGUACAAGCCUAUCGCCGAUGAACUCCGGCUGAAGGGGUGGAGAGUGGAGUCCGCUGCGAUUGUCUAUGGAUCUCUAGGCUCGGUGCUCCCGCGUAACCUCAAGACAUACACGGACACGCUCCACCUGCUCAAGCGCGAUGCUAGGACUCUGGAAUUUCGCCUUUUCAGUCAUUGUGUCCGCUCCAGUCGCCGGAUCUGGAGCUGGCACUGCCAACUACACAGGGACCGACAACGGAGAGGGGCGGCUACAAGAGAGUCGCGCAGGUCCGGGGGGAACCUGCAGGCUCCUCAGCCGCCAGAGGCGCGGUGA